AGCGUUUCUUCUGUGCAUGUUCGGAAUUUUGGUUGUUUGAGACGGGGUUUUGGUGUUUGUGAUUCUGGGUGUUGGAAAAGGUUGGAUUUUGAUGGGUGUGGGCCUGUGGUUUAUCUUUCUCUUUGUUCUUAGAAAUCACAAGUUGAAUUUUUCUGCGGAAUGUAACUGAAUUUGUUCGUAUUGUCCAUUUGUUGUUUUGUGUGACUCUUUUUUGGUAAAGGGUAUUUUCUUCUUCUCAGUAGAGAUUGUUGCGUGAUGCGGCUGGAUUUCUAUGUGUAGAGUUUUAUACUGUAACAUGUGGUAUGAUCCGUUUCCACCUCUGCUAUGACGCGGUUUCGUAAUAUGUUAGGUUUGUAUUUGCUAAGUGCUCUCAUCAAAGGGACUAGAUGGGUACCAUUAUUGAAGCUGAUGACUCAUUUACCAAGAUUCUAGGAAGAUGGCCUAUCUUUUAUUAUGGCACGGGACACAUGCUCAAUGACAUAACUGCUGCUUGUUGGUUCACCUAUCUACUAUUGUUCUUGACUGAUAUUGGACUUUCAUCAAGGAAUGCCGCUGCUGUGAUGCUUUCAGGUCAAGUGGCUGAUGGAUUUGCCACCAUAUUUGUUGGUGAACUGAUAGACAGGUUUGGACAUUUCAAGAUAUGGCAUGGUGCUGGAUCUUUAUUGGUGGCUAUUUCAUUUUCUUCCGUUUUUGGUGUUUGUCUACCUUGCAAUAUUUUUGGAUCAAAUUCAUCCAAUUUUAAAACUGUGAGUUACAGUGUGUUUGCGGCAAUCUUCAAUGUGGGCUGGGCUGCUACUCAGGUUUCACACAUGUCCAUGGUGAGUUGCAUCACACUGAACUCUACAAGCAGAGUUGCACUGGCUAGCUGUCGCAAUGCUUUUACCAUGGUUGCCAACCUAAGCUUGUAUGCAGUUGCAUUGAUAAUAUUCAGUGUCAUCAAUGGAAAAACACAUGCUGAUGUUGAAAAUCAGUACCGCUGGAUUGCAUAUCUGUCAAUUUUUAUUGGAUGUUGCUUUGUGGGCAUAUUUCAUCUUGCAACCAAGGAGCCCAGAUUGAAGGUGGGUGUACAUGGAAAGGCUCAUGCAAGGAUUUCGUGGGUUUACUGGUUCAAGAGAGUUUUGUAUUAUCAGGUUGCACUUGUUUAUGUUCUCACAAGACUGGUUCUCAACGUUUCACAGGCAUACCUUGCUUUCUUUGUCAUCAAUGACCUACAAAUGGCUCAAUCAGCCAAAGCUUUGGUUCCUGCUAUCAUAUACAUCUGCAGCUUCAUCGUAUCUAUUGCAUUACAGGAGAUAGCAUGGACUGGCCGACUGCUCAAGGCCUACUACUCUGCUGGAUGCAUUCUUUGGAUUUUUUGUGGUGCAGUGAUCCUUCUUUUAAGUGCAAACAUGAGUUAUGUCAUGUACAUAGCAUCAAUAUUUAUUGGCAUAGCAAAUGCUCUCAUGACGGUGACUGGAGUAAGCAUGCAAAAUUUUCUCAUUGGAGAGAGCCUUAAUGGCUGUGCAUUUGUUGUUGGAUCAUUGAGCUUUUUGGACAAAAUUUCAUGUGGGCUUGCUCUGUACGUUCUUCAGUCAUAUCAAAAUAUCUCUCCAAAGCUUCAGGGAACACAAAUCCCCUUUUCAGUUACAAGGGUUGGAUUGGGCCUUGUUCCUGCAUUUUGUGCACUAGUUGGGGUGGUUGUAACUUGCACCAUGGAUUUCCACAAUCCUUCUAAGGCUUUGACGAUGCCACUAUUAGUCUAAUGUUGUGGUUGAAAGAUAAUCAUCAUCCCUUCUCUAACAUACUGGAUAAAAAGGUUUGAGUAUACUUGGAGAAACACAAGCUGCUAUGACCCAUUCUUAAAAUUUAAGCAGUAAUGUGGUCAUUAAAUAUUCUUUAACAUACUAGGUAAAAAGGUUUGAGUAUAUUUAUUGAAUUGUUCUUAUUUAUACCAAAUAUUAUGUCAAAUGUAUAUAAUGUAUUCAUAUUUGAUUGAAAUAUAAUACACUCAAUAUCUUAUUUGAUGGUCUAAAGUUGAUAAUAG